CAACGGUCACGGUCCAGCAGCCCACCCAGGCUAAGUGAUGCGCAAUAUCGUUACAAACUUCUCCGGCGUGCAAAUAUCUUUGUUGACGAUGAUAUUCCCAUGGACAUUCAGCAACAUACGAAUAAUUAAAUAUUCCAUGCAUCAGAUGCUUACGAUGAUUACUUAUACAGGGUCUCCGAGAAGCUCCGGAACAAAUCCAAAGAACUGGUCAGGAAAGCACUUGGAAUAUCCAUAGGAAAUGAAUGGAGAUAUCUGAAAGGAAAGAGAUGCACUUUGAUUAAUUGAGAUAGCUAGAAGAUAUCAGACAAAUAGAGAGACAUGAGAU